CAUCUUCGCACAUCUAUCGUGUUUGUCGUGUGCGUCAUUUUCACACGCAGGCGUGGACUCGCCGAUGAUGCCCAAAAUGCCAUCUAGGUAGGCAGCUUUCUAGGAUAUGAGACACGUCCAGUGGCUCGGAGAGGCGCGUUCGGAUCUUCAGUGCUCCGCGGGUUUCUUUUAUCGGAUGUGUAAUCCUCCAGUGGUGUUGGCACAUUCGGGGUCUCUUGGGCUGAUGGGAACUCUCCGUGACCUCCAGUUCGCCCUGCAGACGAAGAUCGAGGAGCUGCGACAACGUGACGCCCUUAUCGAUGAGCUAGAGCUGGAGCUGGACAUGAAAGAUGACCUCAUCAGACAGCUACAGGCCGAGCUGGACCGUCUCCGCACCGCCUCUGUCUCGCACAACCCCUCUGGGGCAACAGAAAACACAGCGAUGCCAGAUGAGCCUCAGCGCACUAAACGUCAGGCUAUAUCAGCUGAACCCACAGCGCUGGACCCAAAUCAACUCACUCACGUCACCUUAACCAACUACAGCAAGAGUGAAGAAUCGCGACACUUGAUCCAGAAGGCUUUGCUGGAAAACGAUUUCAUGAAGCACAUAGAAGCCAGCCAGAUCCUCACCAUCAUGGACUGCAUGUAUCCCACCACCCUGGCACAGGGAUGCUGUGUCAUCCAGGAGGGCGAUGACGGCUCUACUGUCUACGUACUCGAAGAGGGGUUGGUGGAGGUCACUAAAGGAGGACACAAACUGUGCACCAUCGAGCCUGGAAAGGUGUUCGGUGAGCUGGCGAUACUCUACAACUGCACACGCACGGCCACCGUCACGGCUCUGACUGAUAUCAAACUAUGGGCCAUAGACCGUCAGGGUUUUCAAACCAUCAUGAUGAGAACGGGUCUUCUCAAGCAUUCAAACUACAUGGAAUUUGUGAGAAGUGUGCCCUCCUUUAAGACCCUCACAGAAGACGUGCUGAGUAAAGUCGCUGAUGUUUUGGAAGAGACGCACUACAGCGAUGGCGAUUACAUCAUUCGACAAGGAGCCACCGGAGACACGUUCUUCAUCAUCAGUGACGGUCAGGUGAGGGUCACCCAGCAGAAAUCAGCCAAUGAGGAGCCAGCGUUCCUGUCCACACUCUCAAGAGGCGAUUGGUUCGGAGAACAAGCUCUUAAAGGGGAAGAUGUGCGUACGGCGAACGUAACAGCCAUCGGUGAUGUGACGUGUCUGGUUGUGGACCGAGAGUCUUUCAAACAGCUCAUCGGUGGGCUGGACAACAUGAGCAACAAAAUGUACGAAAGCGAGGAGGUGAAGGCCAAGUUGGAAGCGGAGGCCGCAUUCUUCUCCAGCUUGUCUCUAAGCAACUUCCGCGUCGUCUGCACGCUGGGGAUGGGAGGAUUCAGUCGCGUGGAGCUGGUGCAGCUGAAAAACGACCACAGUCGCUCCUUUGCCAUGAAGGUCCUGAAAAAGCGUCACAUCCUGGACACCAGUCAACAAGAACACAUUUUGUCGGAAAGACGGAUCAUGAUGGAAGCUCACAGUCCCUUUACUAUCAGAUUGUAUCGGACCUUCAGAGAUUCCAAGUACCUGUACAUGUUACUGGAGGCGUGUUUGGGAGGAGAGCUGUGGACUCUGCUCAGAGACAGGGGUUCAUUUGAUGACGGCACCACACGCUUCUACACUGGAUGUGUGGUCGAAGCUCUGGCUUUUCUCCACUGCCGUGGAAUCAUCUACAGAGACCUGAAGCCUGAGAACAUCAUACUGGAUCAUCGUGGAUAUGCCAAGCUGGUGGAUUUUGGUUUUGCAAAGAAAGUCGGCUUGGGGAAGAAGACUUGGACGUUUUGUGGAACUCCAGAAUACGUGGCUCCUGAGAUCAUCUUGAAUAAAGGUCAUGAUGUAUCGGCAGACUGCUGGUCUCUAGGAAUCCUCGUAUUUGAGCUGCUGAGUGGAAGCCCACCUUUCUCAGGAUCCGAUCCCAUGAAGACAUAUAACAUUAUUCUGCGAGGAAUCGACAUGGUCGAGUUUCCCAAGAAAAUCACUAAGAGCGCAGCAAACUUGAUCAAGAGACUGUGCAGGGACAAUCCAUCUGAGAGACUUGGCAACCAGAGGAACGGUGUUAAGGACAUCCAGAAACACAAAUGGUUCGAGGGCUUUAACUGGGAUGGUCUUCGUGAAGGCACUUUAACACCCCCCUUAAUACCGUCUGUGGAAGGCCCUUUGGACACAAGCAAUUUCGACUGUUUCCCCAACGAUACAGAUGAACCACCGCCUGAUGAGGAAUCCGGCUGGGAUAUGGAGUUCUGAUUGGAUGGACCGAUGGCCAAAUGCAGCGGCGGGGAAAAAAUAAAGGGUCCAUUCCAAAAUUGAAUUUAAUCAGCAUCUCUAGACGUAUUGUGGCCAUUUCAGUCUAGUGUCUGUUGAAUUUCAACAAAAUCAAACCUCAGGCGUGGCAUAAAAUCAACAGCAAAGUGAAAGACUGACAGGAUGACAAAAAGUGAGAACUGUGAUAAAAAUCCAGGUUAUCACAAUACAAAAAUAUUUUUGAACUUUUCCUAAAGACAUGUAGAAAUAUU